AUGUGCCCGGAGGAGGACGGCGGCUGCGGCGGAGGAGGAGGAGGAGGAGGAGGAGGAGGAGGCGGCGGCGUGGCCGGUACCGGCGGCUCGGAGGCGGCGGUGGCGCUGGACGAGCUCCGCUCGUGGUGGGAAGUGCCGGCCAUCGCGCACUUCUGCUCGCUCUUCCGCACCGCCUUCCGCCUGCCCGACUUCGAGAUAGAGGAACUGGAAGCUGCUCUUCACAGGGAUGAUGUGGAGUUUAUCAGCGACCUGAUCGCCUGCCUUCUUCAAGGUUGCUAUCAGCGCAGGGACAUCACAUCCCAGACGUUUCACAGCUACCUGGAGGACAUCAUCAACUACCGCUGGGAGCUGGAGGAAGGGAAACCCAACCCCCUGCGGGAGUCCACCUUCCAGGAGCUGCCCCUGCGCACCCGGGUCGAGAUCCUGCACCGCCUCUGUGACUACCGGCUCGAUGCAGAUGAUGUCUUCGACCUCCUCAAGGGCUUGGACGCCGACAGCCUCCGUGUGGAGCCGCUGGGCGAGGACAGCAGCGGUGCCCUGUACUGGUACUUCUACGGCACGCGGAUGUACAAGGAGGACCCGGUGCAGGCGAAAACCAACGGAGAGCUGGCUCCAGACAGGGGGUGUGGGGGGCAGACAAACACCCCAAAUGUUCCUGGGAAAACAGGCAAGAGACGAGGGCGACCCCCUAAGCGGAAAAAACUACUGGAGGAAAAUUUGCUGAGGGAGAAGGCAGAAGAGAACAUGCUAAUCCGUGAGACUCAGAUAAGAAAUGGGUCCCAAGGGCCAGGCCGUGGGACAUGGUGGCUGCUGUGUCAGACGGAAGAGGAGUGGAGGCAGGUCACAGAGAGCUUCAGAGAGAGGACUUCCCUUAGAGAGCGGCAGCUCUACAAACUCUUGAGUGAAGACUUCCUGCCGGAGAUCUGCAACAUGAUUGCACAGAAGGAGAAGCGUCUGCAGCGGACAGAGUUUUCUCCCAGGUGGAUGUCUGACCAUCAGCCCAUCAAACCAAUCAAGCAGGAGGUAAACCCGAAUGUGCUCAGUUCGAUGGAGAAGCAGAGGCGCAGGGAGGAAGAGGAGGAGCGCCAAAUCCUUAUAGCAGUGCAGAAGAGGGAGCAGGAGCAGCUGCUAAAGGAGGAGAGAAAAAGAGAGAUGGAGGAGAAGGUCAAAGCAGUGGAAGAGCGAGCCAGGAGGAGGAAGCUUCGUGAAGAGCGGGCCUGGCUGCUGGCACAGGGGAAGGAGCUGCCCCCUGAGCUUUCCCACUUGGAUCCCAGUUCCCCUACCAGGGAAGAGCGAAGGACCAAGGAUCUCUUUGAACUGGAUGAUGAGUUCACAGCCAUGUACAAAGUUCUAGAUGUGGUAAAGGCUCACAAGGACUCUUGGCCCUUCUUGGAACCUGUUGAUGAAUCAUAUGCUCCUAACUACUACCAGAUCAUUAAGGCCCCCAUGGACAUCUCUAGCAUGGAGAAGAAGUUGAAUGGAGGUCAGUACUGCACCAAGGAAGAAUUUGUGGGCGAUAUGAAGACCAUGUUCAGGAACUGUCUUAAGUACAAUGGUGAAGGCAGUGAAUAUACCAAGAUGGCUUACAACUUGGAGAGGUGUUUCCACCGAGCAAUGAUGAAGCACUUCCCUGGGGAAGAUGGAGACACAGAUGAGGAGUUUUGGAUCAGAGAAGACGGGAGGCGGGAGAAGAGGAGCCGGCGGGCUGGUCGCUCCAGUGCUGGCAGUGUUUGGACUCGGUCACGAGACCCAGAGGGAACAGGCAAGAGGCAGCAGCGCCUGGAAAAUGGAGGGAAACCUCCACCAUAUCGAGCUACUUCGAGGGCUCCCGCUUCCUCCUCCUCCUCCUCCUCCUCCUCCUUCUCCUCGUCCUCUGCAGAGGAUCCAAGUGGCAACCCCAUGCAGCCGUCUCGAGAAGUGGGCCCUUCCAAUGGGCGAGGUUUCCCCCGCUCACUGCAGUACAGCAGCAUGCCCAGCCCUGUGCCACAUCCCAGCCAGAUGAGACCAGCUGUACCAGGAACGUUUGGUCCCCUGCGCGGAUCAGAUCCAACAAAACUGUAUGGCUCACCGCGAGUGCCAGAGCCCCAUCCUGGAGACCCGGUUCAGCAGCACCAGCACUUUGCCAUGCAGCCGGCCGUGGGACUGAGCGAGCACCGUGGGCACAGGCUGGCUGCCCCUGAGAAGCAGGUGUGUGCAGGGCCGACCCAUGUCACCGGCCUCGGACCCCGUCCUGGCACCCUGCAGCUGGGGCGUGUGAGCGGCCCCCCUCCGGACACCGUCUACCCACCAGCCCAGUUCCAGCAGGGCUUCCUCCCUCCAAGGCACAACGGGCCUCCGGUGAGGCCACCAGAAGGCUCAGAGGUGCCCCCUGGACAUAUGUACCGGCCCUACAAGUAUCUGAACCGCGGGCACCCAGCCCUGUGGAAUGGCAGCCACAGUGCUGCCAGCCAAGGUGCUGUGGGGCCAGAGGAGAAGGCACCCAUGGGGCCAGCGCCCUCGCUCCAGCCCCGUGCCAUCAGCCAUAUGAUGGAGCCCCGGGCCUUACGGCCUCCUCUGCCUCCCAGCCAGUGGACUGAGCAAUCAAACUUCCUACCUCACGGGGUGCCUCCCUCAGGGUAUAUCAGACCACCCGGAAAAGCCGCAGGCCAGAGGAUGCCACAGCCACCAGCUGCUCUGUUCGGGGGACCGGCUCAGGUUCAGAGAGGGUGCCAGGGUGGGGACUCGAUGAUGGACAGCCCAGAGAUGAUCGCGAUGCAGCAGCUGUCCUCCCGUGUGUGCCCACCGGGCGUGCCUUACCACCCUCGCCAGCCGCCCCCGCCACACCUCCCCGGACCCUUUCCCCAGCUGGCUCACGCUGCCUCUGCCGGCAUGCCACCCCCCAAGCUGGUCAUGGGGAACGGGAGCUCACAGGAUCAGACCAUGGAGCCGGAGAGCAACCAAGUGGAGCCACAGGCGGGCGUGGAGGAGAAGGCUCAGUGCAUCGGCAUUCCCGACGGGGCCUAUGCCAAACUCCUACCUCAUCCCAAGCCCCCCCUGCCCAUGGAAUGCACCCGACAUGCCUUGCCCCCAGAGGAGGGGGAUGGCUCCGGCCUGAAGAGCGACCUGAAGGCAGGGCAGAGCAAGGGUGCCUGGUCGGCUGAGAGCAGCUAUGCUGGCCCACAGGGCUGCGUGAGGGACCUGGCGCCCGCCUCUGAGCGAGGGGGGCCCGUGCCCGAGAACGGGGCAGUGGGUGAGGGGCCGGCGGAGGGGAAGGGGCUGGCCGCCAGCCUGAUGGAGAAGCCCCUCUGCGGUGGGGGGAAGGCUCUGCCCGAAGCAGCAGUGCCUUGUAUGGGGCAGGGCACUGGCCUCCCCACCAUGGACACCAGCACCGUGGGGGCUGCCCCCAACCAGUUCCACCCUCUUUACAUGCCUGGUCUGGAGUAUCCCAAUUCGGCCGCACGGUACCACAUCAACCCAGGGCUGCAAGGCUUCAGCCCGGUGAUGGGCGGGAAGCCUCCCCCUGUGUCCCACCCACAGCAUUUUCCUUCGCGGGGCUUCCAGCCGAGCAAUGCCCACCCCGGGGUCUUCCCCCGCUAUCGGCCCCACCAGGGCAUGCCCUAUCCCUACCAGCCCCAGCCUCAACCUUCCUACCACCACUACCAGCGACCGCCCUACUACGCCUGUCCGCAGGGCUACUCGGACUGGCAGAGGCCUCUGCACCCCCAGGCCAGCCCCAGUGGCCACCCGCCCCUGGCCAGACCCCCGUUCUCCGACAGGGGGAAUGUGAGCAGCUUGCAGGGCUGUGAGGCACUGAGUGCUGCCCUGGCUUCUCCCAACCGCAUGGACAUAGCGAGUGCCAAAGAGGUUUCUCCGAGCGACGGGCAGGAUCUGGGGCCUGAAGAUGAGAAGUCCGAGGAAUCACAGGAGCGGCCGGAGAGUCCCAAAGAGUUCCUUGAUUUGGACAACCACAACGCGGCCACGAAGAGGCAAAGCUCAGUGGCAGCAGGAGAGUUCCUCUACGGAGCUCCCCCGCCUCACCUGGGUUCGGGAAUGGGAUUUGGGCCAUCGGCUUUCCCUCCCCACGGGGUAAUGCUACAGACUGGCUCUCCCUAUGCAUCCCGGCAUCCCGCCAGCCAUUUCCAACCCAGGACAUAUGGAUCGCCCAUGAAUGCCCACCUGUCUCAUCAUCAUCCAGCCUCUGGCCAGGCCAACGGCCUCUCUCAGGAGGGACCCCUGUACCGCUGCCGGGAGGAGAACAUAGGUCACUUUCAGGCCUUGCUGAUGGAGCAGAGAGGCAGUGGAGGUGGCAUGGGGGGGCCACCCCAGGACUUGUAUAGAUCAUCGGGAAUGCAAAUGCAUCAGGCUCAAGUUCCCUUCCCGAAGAUGCCUACAGCAACCAUGUCCCGGGAAGAUCUGACGCCACAAAAACCAUCAGCGUUGCCUCUGGAUCAAAGCUAGUCCAAGGAAGGAAGGACCUCAUGAAGACGAAAGCCACACGUGAUUUGGACAAGGGGGAG